CUUUUAACACCCCCAAAAACUUGACCCUCUUGUUUUUCGAAGCGCAUGAUAGACCCCUCACUAGGAUCUGGUUCAAUCGCCCUCCCAUUUUAACUGUUUUCCAACCGUCUCCGUCGGUUUCCAAUUCCGGCGAUCUCCACCCUUCGAUCUCUUUCUCACCAUGUGGAUCUUGUCCGAACCACGUUGUUGCGUACUUACCGAGUUUCACUUUGCUAGUUGGCGUUCUUUUUUCUUGUUUGCAGAUGAAGCCCGAUGAGUGGGUCUUUUACUUUAUACGGUUUCUGAUUUGUUUUAUUUUUACUCACUGAUUCGUUUAACUGAUUUCGGCUUCGAGAUUUAAGGCUCUGGAAGCUUCUGAGCUGAGAUUUGAGUGUGAAAAUAAUUUCUGUUUAUUAGAAAAAAGAAGUGAAGUUUUUCCCGGAGUAUUUCUUGGGGUUUUGGUAGCAAUGGAGGAUCAGAAUGGAACCAGAGUGUGCACCGGAAUGUCUGACGAGGUUCUGAACUGCGUGAUGCCGUAUAUUCACGACCCAAAGGACCGGGACGCUGCGUCUCUGGUGUGCCGCCGGUGGUACGAGCUUGACGCACUGACGCGGAAACACUUGACGAUCGCGCUCUGCUACACGACAAGCCCCGAUCGGCUUCGCCGGAGGUUUCGGCAGCUGGAGUCUCUGACACUCAAGGGGAAGCCCAGGGCCGCGAUGUUCAAUCUAAUACCCGAGGACUGGGGAGGAUACGUCACUCCGUGGGUGAACGAGAUCGCCGAGUCUUUCAAUUGCUUGAAGUCGCUUCACUUCCGGCGAAUGAUUGUGAAGGACUCCGAUCUUGAGCUUCUUGCUCGGUCUCGCGGGCGCGAGCUCGACUCGCUCAAGAUCGAUAGGUGUUCUGGCUUUUCCACGGAUGGUCUUCUUCAUAUCGGUCGGUCCUGCAGGUAAUUUCCCCCACCCUUUUUUGUUUUC